AUUGCCUCCUGAACAAUCACACAGCUGACACCACGCGCACACAAACACUGGUGGUGUGUCGUCGUGAUUGCGCACCUGUGAUUUGACGUAACAGAAACUCAGCCUACCUGUUGACUCGGUGCAUUUUCACUCAACAAACUCACUCUUUUUAUUCCAGGGCACAGCACACGUUUGUGGUGCGCUGGUGGAACGCACCGCCGGAGCGCCGAGCCUCCAGCCCUGAAAGAGUUAAACGGUCUUCAUGUGCGGAGCGGCUGGCUGGAGGUUAGUUCGGCUGUUGCAGUGCAGAGCUCGUGGACGCGGCGGCGGCGUACAGUAGCGCAACAAACCCAGCCAACUUCUCAGCAAAGCUGCCACUUCACCACGACACAGCAGUCAUGUCGGAGCGAAGGUGGAUCUCUGGAUUUGACAGCGCUCAGUCUUACUACUCCUGAGCGCACGCGCGCGCGCGCGCGUGUGUGUAUGUGAGCGAGAGGGCUGCUUUUCUGCUUGUGUGGAUAUCGCCUCCAUGGACGGGCAACGGGGCUUUUACGAGAUGGAGAACCCAGCAGAGAACCCAAGUAAGGCGGCGGAGUAUCUCAAGGAGCUGAAUAAGAUCAUAGAGACGCAGCAAGGGCUGCUGGAGAAGCAGAGGGUCCGGAUUGACGAGCUGGAGCUCCAGGUGACGGAUCUUUGCAAGGAAAACGCCUGCCUCAAAGAUCAGCACCAGCGGCACCUGGCCACCUGCAGACUCCAGCAGGGCAGCCUCCCCACCCUUGGAUCCAUCAAGGAGAAUAUCACGCAGGAAAAGCGACACGCCUCAUUGCCAAUAGAAGUCUCAGAGAUCCCUCUAAACCUUAUUGCCCCCGCAUGUAGAAGAAGUUACCCCUGUCGCAAAUGGAAGUCUGCAUCUUUUGGACCGGACGCAGAGGAUCCCAGCCCCGCCAUGACUCACAGACGACAUCAUCACUUUGUGGAAGGUGAUGCUCCAGGCAGUGAGGUGGGUGCCUCUGUGGACCCCAGCAGCGGUUACAGUUGCGUCCCAGUGACCCACAGUGGCGGGCUCGUUCCCGACCACCUGGACAGCCAGCUCUACGGACACAUCUUCCUGCCUGGCCACCAGCGGCCCCGCCGACCAAAGCUCCAGCACUCUCAGUCCAUCCUUCGCAAGCAGGCAGAGGAGGAGGCCAUCAAACGCUCCCGCUCACUGUCUGAGAGCUAUGAGCUCUCAUCAGACCUUCAGGACAAGCAGGUGGAGAUGCUAGAGCGUAAAUAUGGUGGGCGUUUCAUAACCCGGCAUGCAGCCCGCACCAUCCAGACAGCCUUUCGCCAGUACCAGAUGAACAAGAACUUUGAGCGUCUUAGAAGUUCUAUGUCUGAGAACCGUAUGUCCAGACGGAUUGUCCUAUCCAAUAUGAGAAUGCAGUUUUCCUUUGAAGGACCUGAAAAAGUCCACAGCUCCUACUUUGAGGGAAAGCAGCUCUCACUAACAGAUGAUGGCACCAAAAUUGGUGCACUGGUGCAGUCAGAGCACGGCGGGGAGAUGGGCAUGCAGGCCAAGACGCCCACAACACAGAGCGACUUUACAGACGCUAUCACUGAAUUAGAAGAUGCCUUUUCCAGGCAGGUCAAAUCUUUAGCUGAGUCCAUAGAUGAUGCUCUGAACUGUCGAAGCCUUCAUGGGGAUGAAAACCAGCUGGAGCAAGUAAGAGGUCAUCCGGACAUGGACAGGGAGGUCAGCUGCCAAGUGAAACCUUCCCACAGCGCUUCAGAGCACCGCAAAGUGGACGAGAUGACGGCAUCUUACAGUGACGUCACCCUUUACAUAGAUGAAGAAGAACUGUCCCCUCCUCUGCCCUUGUCUCAAUCAGUAGACCGGCCCUCCAGCACGGAAUCAGACUUGCGACAGCGUUCCCUCAACUCAUCCCAGGACUACUGGUCUCUGGUUCAUAAGGAUGACAAAGGGGACACGGACACCAGCUGCCGCAGUACACCCUCACUGGAGUGCCAAGAGCAGCGUUUGCGGGUAGACCACCUACCCCUCCUCACCAUUGAGCCUCCGAGUGACAGCUCAGUGGAGCUGAGUGAUCGCUCUGACCGCAGCUCUCUGAAGAGACAGAACGCUUAUGAGCGAACCCUCAGCAACCAGCAGAGCAGCCCCAAACACAUCAGUCACGGUCUGCCUCCCAGAGGACCUUCCAGGGAAGAGGAUGCAACCCGCCAUCGGCCACGGCAGCUGGAGGCCCACCUGGCUAUCAACGGGACUGCAAACCGACAGAGCAAGUCAGAGUCUGACUUCUCUGAUGGCGACAACGACAGCAUCAACAGCACAUCCAACUCCAACGACACCAUCAACUGCAGCUCUGAGUCCUCGUCCAGGGACAGCCUGAGGGAGCAGACGCUCAGCAAGCAGACGUACCACAAAGAGACUCGCAACAGCUGGGACUCACCUGCUUUCAGCAAUGACAUCAUCCGCAAAAGGCACUACCGCAUCGGUCUAAACCUCUUCAACAAGAAACCAGAAAAAGGCAUCCAAUAUCUGAUCGAGCGAAACUUUGUUCCAGACACUCCAGUGGGUGUGGCCCACUUCCUGCUCCAAAGGAAAGGCUUGAGUAGGCAGAUGAUUGGCGAGUUCCUGGGUAACAGACAGAAGCAGUUCAACAGAGAUGUCCUUGACUGUGUUGUGGAUGAGAUGGACUUCUCAAGUAUGGAGCUGGAUGAAGCACUCAGGAAGUUCCAGGCUCACAUCAGAGUUCAGGGUGAAGCUCAGAAAGUGGAGCGGCUGAUCGAGGCCUACAGCCAGCGCUACUGCAUCUGCAACCCAGGAGUGGUGCGACAGUUCAGGAACCCAGACACCAUCUUCAUCCUGGCCUUCGCCAUCAUCCUCCUCAACACAGACAUGUACAGCCCCAACGUCAAGCCUGAGAGGAAGAUGAAGUUGGAGGACUUUGUCAAGAACCUUCGGGGAGUGGAUGAUGGGGAGGACAUCCCUCGAGAGAUGUUGGUCGGGAUAUAUGAGAGGAUUCGCAAGCGGGAGCUCAAGACUAAUGAAGACCAUGUGUCCCAGGUUCAGAAAGUGGAAAAACUCAUUGUUGGAAAGAAGCCGAUUGGCUCGUUACACCACGGCCUGGGCUGCGUCCUGUCCCUCCCUCAUCGGAGACUGGUGUGUUACUGCAGACUCUUUGAAGUGCCCGACCCCAACAAACCACAAAAGUUGGGCCUGCACCAAAGAGAGAUCUUCCUCUUUAAUGACCUGCUCGUGGUUACUAAAAUCUUCCAAAAGAAGAAGAACUCUGUGACGUACAGCUUUCGUCAGUCCUUCUCUCUCUAUGGAAUGCAAGUGCAGCUCUUUGAAAAUCAGUAUUACCCCAAUGGAGUCCGCCUGACAUCUGCCAUUCCUGGAGCUGACAUCAAAGUUCUCAUCAACUUCAACGCACCCAAUCCUCAGGACCGCAAAAAGUUCACCGACGAUUUGCGAGAAUCUAUCGCUGAAGUCCAGGAGAUGGAGAAGUACAGGAUAGAGUCUGAGCUGGAGAAACAGAAGGGGGUGGUGCGACCCAGCAUGUCCCAGAGUUCAGGGUUGAAGAAGGAUACGGGUAAUGGAAACCUGAGCCGAGGAAGCCUCGAUGACAGCUACGCCAUCGGUGAAGGUUUGAAGCGGAGCGCCCUCAGUAGCUCCCUUCGUGACCUUUCAGACGCAGGGGUCCAUCAUUAGCAGUCCUCACAUGCGGCGGAGAACCCCCUCCAGCCGAGACUGCCCAUCCCGCCACAGCGGCCAGUCCCUGCCCAACUCCUCGUCGCUGCUCGGAUCUCUGUUUGGCACAAGGCGGGUGAAGUCCCCCAGCCCCACCCCCCAGGCCCUACAUCCAACCCUCAUCUCCCACACCCCUCACCCCGCCAACCUGCACCACACGGCCCGGGCGGACACUGACACUCCGGUCACCAUGCACCCGCACCACACCCAGUUCUGCCACAUGACCCAGAACCCCCCGCCUUACCACCACCACCAUCACUACCACCCACCGGCCCACUUGCAGCACCCUCCACACCAGUACCUUCCUUCCUCUUCUCACGGCCAGCAGCCGGCCUACCCGCCUCACGCACAACACAGUCACGGGAGCCACCCAGCACACUCUUCCCACGCUGCUCAUGGUACCCACCACCAUGGCCCGCCGCCAGCACCCUCCCAGGCGUCCAGCAGUACCAAGCCCAAGCACAGCGGCAUCAGUACGGUGGUCUGAGACACACAGGGCCUCUCUUUUUGCUCUUUCACUGAACUUUGAUUUUACCCUGAGGCUCUCGGCCGACGAGAGGGGAGCACUGUGCAUCGCUGGUCUGGGUUUGAGAAGCUAGACGAGAUCCUGUGCCUCCUUUAGCAUAUUUUCUUUACACCCAUAACUGGGGAGGAAUAUUCAAUAGAAACACUUUUCCAGUUGCUUCUUUCAUUUAAUUUCAAGUCAUACACGUCUGCUCGCUUCAAGAGCAGCAGACCACAACAAUAGAGCAUGCACAAAGACCACAACUACUGUUUCUCCUCAACAGAUUAAAGGAAUAUGAUCAAAUAUCUUGCUUACUAGUAUUUUACAAAGGAAGUAAAUCUAAAGUAAUCUUGACCUAAAUGUCUACAGAGUGAGUUUAUAUAGAGGGAGGGUAGGUGGACAGACGGUUAGACGGACUUAACAGUAAGUGUACAAGUAUUUAAUGUAGCGAUAGCUCACAGUGCACUGUGAUAUCUCUGUUAGCAGUGACAAAUGUGCCAAUUAUUAUUAAAGCAUUUAAUAAUUUAGUCACAAAAAAAUGCUUUAUGUAUAUUGUGCAUAGUAUUUUGUAAAAACAAUAUCAACUGUUAUUAUUAUAAUUAUAUUACAACGGAACAAAUGACAUCAAUUAAAACUCAGUAUUAUACUUGCACAUAGGGGGCGUAGUUUCACUGUUAAGAAACAAUCAAAGCUUUUUAUAGUUAGUUAAUUCAGUAAGCUGGAGCACUACCUACCAUAUAUGGAUGCCUUGAGUUAGAACUCUUUAUGAAGGCCGGCGCAGACUCGCACAGAGGCCCUGAAACACUCUCAUUCAGUGACUACACUCUUCUUUGGUUUGAGGUCGACUUUUCUACUGUAGGAAAAGAAAGCCACGGUGAGCUGCUGAGCAAACUAAUACAUCGAAAUGUCCGCCCUUCAGUAAUGGCUUCUUGUCUGCCAUCAUUUUAUUUUCUUAUCUAUUUUUUUAGAGUCUAAUAAAGAAAAUAAAAUGCCCUGGCCUGUAUGAUGUACAGCAACCGAGUAGUAUUCUUCGAGCCUGUUCUGCAGGAGGAAGAGGAGGUUUUUUGUGUAGCAGGGAAACAGCAACAUGACUGUAACAGUGUGUCUCCUGAUGUGGAAGCUCUCAGCUGGCUGAGUGUGCCCUCUGUGUCCCUCUUUGGUUUUAUUGUGCGUCUCUAGAGCAGCAAGCGUGCGGUGCUGUUUACUCCCUCCAUCGGACUUCUCCUCUGAGCCACAUGGACGCCACAGUACAAAAAUCAAUAAUUAUCUUUCUGUGAUGGUGAUAGCGCUCUCUUGCUUCACUCACCACAAAUGGCAGUUUUAUAUCAAUCAUCUUUCUGACAUAUUAUGGGAUGGCUGGCUGUACCUCCCGGCCAUCCUGAGCACAGUACCUGUGGUGUGUGCAGAGCGGAGGCAGGGGGCUGCUGUGCUGGAGCAUAUUUUCUAUUGAAAGUAAUAGACACAGCACUUGUUCUAUUUAGUAAAUAUCAAUGGCAGAAGUUAGUCUGUAUCUGCUAGAGACUAUGAGAUGGAUUUUUUUAACUUGUUUGUGCAAUAUGUAUUUACUUUAUUUGUCUAAGAACAAUCACAAUCCGUGGUUGCUCUAUUUGCUGAGUUUUGUUAGUUCUGUCUUUCGUUCCUCUUUGUCCUUUGUUAUUUCUUCCUCAGUAUUUCAGUAAAUUAUCCACAUGGAUUUGGAGGGACUGGACCUUUCUAAUUGAUAAAGAAUGUUAAAGAAAAAAAACUGCAUGUAACAAUGUAUUUGACGCUGUUCUAAGUAAUAUGUAUUCCAAAACUACAUGAGCCUCAACGUUAAUAGUCGUGAGGAAUUCUUUUGUUAAAGUUUUGACUUUUACUGACCCACAAACAGUAGUUUACUUGAUCUGAAACAACACCAUAGUUGAAUCUGUGUGUAACCACAGCGAUCAGAUGAGUUUUAGAAUAGGCAAAAUGAAAGUUUCACUCUGUCAUCUGGGUAUCAGAGUGAGAAUAGACCGGCAGCUACGAGUAUAAUAAAUGGAACUCUUUUAUAUUCAUGUUCAUCACCGGGCUCUUAUGGUGGGCCGCGUGUUACUGUUUGCAUCUGAGUGUCAAGUAGAGAAGUACUUUUUUAAACACAUGGAAAAGGUAGUCAAUUCAAUAAGGCACGCUUUAUAAAAGGUGGAAAGUUUUAAUGUAAGUGACGUAAUCAAUGAAGUCAAGUAAAUCAGAUUAUGUGUUAAUGCUUUAUAUGUAAAAAAUUAGACAUUCAUAAGAACAACUUUUAGAUUGCCCUUGGCUGGUGUAAUUCCUCCAGCUGAAGUGUUGCUCUACAGCCCUCACUGAAAAAGAGUAAAAAAAAAACGCUAUCUACAGCCGGAGUAAACCUGGGAAAACACCAACCAAUCCCUGCCAUCAGGAGCCAAAUGAUGAAACCAAUCAAAUCCCGUCCUGCCUUUCUGCCCGCCUCCUGCGCGUACAUUUCAUGUUUGUUUGUGUUUUUAACUUUCACUAUGAUAAUGUUUUGGUGUCUUCUUACCGCUGAGUGAGACAUGAGUUGAGGUAGUGCGAAACACAAACGAUGUGCUGAGGACCGGUUUUGAAUCAGUCACAAUCAUAUGGUCGCGGAUCAGCGGCGCUCGUGCAUGAGAGCGAGGGCGUCAUUUUGGAGGAGCUCCGAGGGGAGUGGGGGGGUUAGACGGAGUCCUGAGGAAAUGCUACAUUCAAACUCAUGCUAGUUUUCCGUGACUACCAACCCUAGCUUUAAUGUUGUUCUUAUACCUAAAUAUGAUCAAUAAGUGAAAUUACUGUAAUUUAAGCGGUUAUUUAAAACUAAUAAACCUUUUAUAAAGUGUGCCUUUAAUAGACAGCAGUACUGUGUCUGUCAAAUAUACAAACAUCUGAAAUCCAGCGUAGUUAAAGUGCUAUGGAGUCAGAAAAGUGCCAAUAAAGCGGUCAUUACAUUUCAAAUCAGUUUCAAUCAACUGUGGAGCAUAUAAUUGAUCCACUACAAACCCACAGUUGAUCAGUCAUAGUGUUUUUAGACCAAAGUCUGAUUACACACUUCUUUUUCUAACUGAAGAGACAACAACCAAGAAUAAACUUUGAUUCAUGAGAUGGAAACGGCUCUCCAAAUUAAAGUAGAUGACUGAUGUAAUGUAAAGCCUGUCCAGGUUCCAUGUGAGGUUCUUUGUUGCAUGCCAUUAAUGCCUACUGUUUGGUUUUUCAUGUCUCUUCUUUGUUUUUCGUUUUGUAUGUGUUGUUCUGUUGAGCAGCAGGCUCGACCGGACCCUCGACUCUCAAUGUAGCUUUGAUUUCUCGAACUGAUGCUUGUUUACAUUUAGCUGAUUUCUGGCCUGCUAGUGUCUUUUCAUUUAGAGUUAUCCUCUGGCAUGCAUUUCACCUUUAUUACCACUGUACAGUAUAAAGACAUGGCAGUGUACUGCUGAGUGUAAAUACAAACUCCAUCUGGGGGAAAUCUAAUGUAACUCAAGGACGAAGGUUUGAAAGGGAGGAAACAUUUUAAGAGUGGGUCAGUAGUAAAGAGUGAGAAACAUAUGUAAAUAGUCUGUAAAUUAUUAUUAUUAUAAUUAUUAUGAUUAUUAUUACUCAAUGUCUGCAGUUACAUUGAAGCUGCAUUCCUGCUCCUUCUGAUAUUUACAUAAUCAUCAACUGCUUCUCUCUGCCUCCACCAGGACUGAAUUAUCAUAGGAUCUAGAGAUGAACAGCUAACUGUUACACAGUCAACACAACCUCUGACUUACUUCCUGAGAAUCUCCUGUUCUGUCACACUCACAGCCCACUUUUGAAGUCAAAGGGAAGGGAGGAGUGCUCUUAUUUUGUUAUGCAUUCUGUUUCUAAGUAGACAAAACCCCAUUGAUGUAAAACUAGUACUGUGACGAUGUUGAGAACGCGAAAUAAAGCGAUAUACUGUUAAACCUGA